AAAAAAAGAUGUGGUAGUUAAAAACAAUCACAUUUACCAACAACAACAACAUACUUCUGUCUUCUGGCUUGUAUGGAAACAUGGGAUUUUUAUAAAGUUUUAAAUUUUCAUGAGUCUGAUUAGAAACAUUGUGAGUACUGAGGAUUUUGAAGCAAAAAGAUGGAAACUAGUGAAGAUGACAGAAAAUGCAGUGACAAGAAAAUGGAAGGAGAUGAUGGUUGGAGAACUGUAGAGUGCUUAAGAGGAAGGCUUCUUGCAGAGAGACAAGCUUCAAGGAUGGCUAAAGAGGAAUCCGAAUGCAUGGAGAGUAAGCUAAUAGAGCUAGAGAAACUGUUAAAAGAAGAGAUCAAACUGAGGAACAAAUCUGAAAAGAAGCUUAAGAAGAUAAAGAAAAAGCUUCAGAGUCUUAACAUUUCUUCAUCCAUAUCAGUGGAAUCAUCAGAACAAUCAUGUUGUUCUGAGAAGAGUGAAGCAUCUUGUAGAUCAUUAUUCACUAUCACAUCUAGUAGUACUUCUUCAGGCCCCAUUGACUCAGAAGAGAAUGAGUCCAAUUUUCAUGUUACCUCACAAAAAUCAAAGAAAAAUCAUGAAAGUCCUAAUGCUGAGAAUUCAAUUGAUCAAGAUAAUACUAGCUUUGAAGAUUUCUAUGAUAACCCAAGUCAUAAAUCAAGCUCUGUAGACUUAAGAUCUUCAGUGGAAGAGAAUGAGAUUGAUCAUGAGGAAUAUGUAGAUGACUCUUUUGCACUAGUGCCAAUGAGUUACUUUGUAGCUGAAGCCCCCAAAAGGAUUGAGAUAAAGCCAGUUCAUGAAAAUGUAUCAGAAACUGUUGACUCACUUAAGUAUAUCAGAGACAAAAUUCAAAGCCCAAUGGAGAUAAGAAGAUGUAUGGUUAGAGUUGGCCCAACUUAAAACUCAGCUGUGUUAAAAGUAAACACACACACACACACAUAUAUAUAUGUGCUUAUCUCCUUAUUAGAUGACAUUAUACAAUAAAAUCACAUUUUGUUAAGAAUAACUUCUCUUUAUAUUCUGAUAUGCAAAUAGUUGAGAUAAAAUAGCAGAAUAUAUGGAUGAAACUGUGUGUGUGUGUGGAUGUAAUAAGAUCUCUUUUUGACUGUGUUCACAUCACUUCACAGAGAGCAUGUGAAGUGGGAUUUCUUAAUUUUAAAACCCUCUUUUGGUUUGAUCCAAAAUGUUUAUGCCCAUUUUUUUUUUAAUUGAAUUUUUCAAGAGUUUGGUUUGAA